GCUAGAUGAUGGAUGGAAAGAAGCCUUAUUUGGUCGUCAUUCUCAUACAAUCGAUAUAUGCUGUCACCUAUAUUCUAUCAAAGGCUGCAUUCAAUGGAGGUAUGAAUUGCUUUGUGUUCACCUUCUAUAGACAGGCUAUUGCCACUGUCUUCUUAGUCCCUGUAGCUGUCAUCUUUGAAAGAAAAAGAGCUCCAUCACUGUCUUUUAUGGCCUUCUGCAAGAUUUUCAUGCUUUCUCUGUUUGGGAUUACUCUCUCUUUGAAUUUAUAUGGUAUUGGACUCGUUUAUACGUCUGCAACGUUGUUGGUUGCAACAACUAACACACUCCCUGUCAUCACCAUCUUAUUAGCUGUUCUACUCAGGAUGGAAACCGUUAAGUUGAGGACCUUCUCAGGAAAAGCCAAAGUUGUAGGUAUCAUACUUUGUAUGGCUGGUUGUGCAUCACUUGCCAUAUACAAGGGCCCAUAUUUGAAACCCUUGAUCAAUACUCAUCUCUUGGAACAUCACAACAAUGAGGAAGAUUUAUCUGUUUCCCACACAACCAGGACAUGGGUAAUAGGUUGUUUUCUCUUGCUCCUUGCCAAUAUUGCUUGGGCUUUGAGGCUUGUAUUCCAGGAUCGGAUUCUGAGAGACUACCCUUCAAAGCUUCUAUUCACAACUCUAACGUGCAUUCUAGGCUGCAUUCAGUCAUUGGUUGUUGCCUUUUGUAUCGAGAGAAAUCCUAGUCAAUGGCAGCUGCAUUGGGACGUCGGACUUCUUGCCGUGGCAUACUCUGGAAUUGUGGUUACUGGUGUUGCUUACUACUUGCAGACCUGGUGCAUUGAGAAAAAGGGGCCUGUAUUCAUGGCCAUGUCAAACCCAGUAUCCCUCAUCAUCACCACCUUUUCCUCCUAUUUUCUUCUAGGCGAACUAAUCAGUUUGGGAAGUGUUUUGGGCGAAAUCUUGUUGGUUGGAGGCUUUUAUAGUGUCUUGUGGGCAAAGAGCAAGGAACAAACAGAUGACAAUAAGGAUUUCACAAUUGAAGAGGGAAAGGAUUGCUUAAAGGUGGAAGAGGCCACAUAAGCAAAUUGGCGCACAUUAGAGCAAUGGAGAAUUCAAGGUGGUUUUUGAAUAAUCAAAGCAAUUAUUAUUUUUCAGAUCAAAAGCCUUUUCCUUUUUUCUUUACUUUUAGGGUUG